AUGCAAAAUCAAAUUAUGCUCCUACAAUUAAAAAGAUAAUUAGAAGACACAAUCAAAACUUAGCAAUUAUUAAAGAAAUUGCCAACCUAAAAAUUGAUACCAUUUAAUUCAGUCAUGUAUCUAGAUGCAAAAAUACCAAAAUAAGAUAAAUGCAUAAUCUCUUUAGAAGCAGACUAUGCAGCUGAAGUGUCUUUAGAAUCUGCUCAUUAAAUAUUGUAAAGAAGAAGAAUUAGAUUGGAAGAAAAUUUUAUUAAGUUGAGGGAGAAGGAAUCAUAUGAAGAAAUGUAACAUGAUUUAGGACAUAAAAUAGAUGAGAAUAAGGAUUAAAGUAAAGGUGAGGAUGUGAAUGAAAAUUGUGAUUAAAGAAAGCCUAAAUCAUAGGAUUUGAUUGAAAAAUUAAAAGAAGAUGAAAAACUUUAAUUAAAGUAGAAACAAGAAAAGCAAAGGUUAGAAAAAGAAAAAUUAGAAAAAGAGAAAUAAAAAUAAAAUUAAUCUAUUGGGUAAGUGACUUAAUUAGCUGAUGGUUUAUUUGAAAUAGAAGAAAAAUAUAUUUAAGAAGAAGACAAUAAUAAAGAUUAAAUAAAUGAAGAAAAAUAAUAACUUCUAAAAUUAAUUUCUGAAGCCUUUUAUAAAGAAAAAUUUGAUGAUUAUGAUAAAUAUUCACUUUAAUUGAAAGAAUUGAAUGAGAAAUUAAAUUAAAUGAAACCUAAAAAAGAGAUUUAAUAAUAAAAAGAAACAAAUUCAGUUAAAUAAUAAUUACCUACAAUUCAAGAGAAUGAAACUAAUGAUGAAUAUUAAUAAGAAGAAUAACCUAAAAGAAUUUCAAAGUUUAAAUAAGAAAGACUUAAACAAAAAAAAUGA